AUGCCGUCCAUCCCUCCUAUUAGUCCCAUCCAACAACCCUCGGCCAUCAUCUGCAACCAGUGCCACACCCAGCUCCUGGCUCACCAUCCAGCAUUGCAAGAUGACACCAACAUGCUCAUCAACUACACUCCAGGAGACCUCGCGGUGCUAGACGAACAUAUGCUCAUCAUAAAAGUGUACUGCGUGAUGUGUCCAAACCCCAUCGGGUUUCGAGUUAUCAGCUUUGUCCACCAUCAGGUGGAGUGCGUGGCACCGGAGCAUGCCGUGAGUGAAAGCGUAGGCAUAGACCUGUUUGUGAAUAAGCUCAUUUCCAUCGAAAAUAAUGUUAACCAGAAGUGCGCCCAGUUGCAGUACCACCACUUCAUGGAGGAGCACAAAGACAUGAUAGGCAAGCUCUGUCUCGACCACCAGCACAUCACGCGGAUUGUAGGGUGA